CCGUUGAGUGAACUAAUAGAUAGGUGACACUGACAGCUGUCACCGCAAGCGACACAGGCACGCUGCCGUAGCGUGCACACAAUUUCAUUCGUUUUCGCGAAAUUUAUCGUGGUGGUGUAUAGUCAUGGAUCAUUCGUACACAAAGAAAACCGAAAAAAUUAAAAAGAAACGUGAAAGACAUAAUUGUUGUGUCCCUCAAUGCCCAGAGAAGUUAAAUCCGUCGAUAUCCCUGCACUAUGCACCAUCAGAUCCAGUGCGAAGGAAGAGAUGGGCUGAAGCCAUUAGAACGGCUAAAACAUUGACCACUAGCAUGCGUGUGUGCAGCAAACACUUUCGCGAAGAAGAUUUCCUCCCGACGGGCAAACGUUCGCUGAAGAAAACCGCCGUACCUUCGCUGAAUCUGCCUGUCCGCAGUCACGAGAACGUUAAGUCGUCUCCUCAAAAACGGAAGAGCGCCGCCAGGGCUGACAGGGCCAAGAAACGAGCUAUGUUUGCGUGUGGCGACCACCAAGAUGGACUGGAACGAGGAGAAUCUUUUGAUUCCACUGACGAUCAAACCUCCAGUGCAGAUGAAGAUGAAGAGCCCCAGGAUGGAUAUAUCGAUGUGCCAGAAGUGCAUGAAGAAGACAUCGAAAAAUUUAAGUCUACUGGGGUACAAGUAGGUACAUAUGUGCCCACCGAAGCAUUUGUGAGUAGCCUGACAAGUAGUGAUGAAAAAUUAUUUUCUACAACUGGGUUGCCAUCAGUGGAGUUCCUUGAUACUGUUGUCAUAUAUUUUGAUAAAAUUGCUCCUGAAAAUCCUAGAAAGCCAUUCCAUUUAUCAUCAAGAGACCGUAUUUUGCUGUGUAUGAUGAAAAUUAAGUUGGCUUUGCAUUUUUCUACGUUAGGUGUAUUUUUUGAGAAAAGCGUCCAAAAUGUUUGCAAUUAUUUUUAUGACACUGUCAAAGUGUUGGCACAACUAUUUAAAUGUUUUGUCAAAUGGCAGUCUAAAGACAUAAUAUUAAAUAAUAUGCCAAAAUGUUUUUCUUACUUUACGAACACAAGAGUAGUGCUUGAUUGUUUUGAAUUGUAUGUUGAGAAACCCAAGUGUGUAAGGUGUAGAGUACGUCUGUAUUCGCAGUACAAGAAAAAUUAUACAGUUAAAGUUUUACUGGGUGUUUCCCCAGGAGGUGCAAUAACCAAAGUGAGCAAAGCUUACGGUGGAAGAGCAUCUGAUAAAUUCAUUACAUCUGAUUCAGGCUUGUAUGAAUUAUGUGAGUUUGGUGAUGCUAUUAUGGUUGAUAAAGGAUUUGCUAUAGAGGAUGAGUGUCAAAAGUAUUUACUCACCAUGAUUCGUCCCCCGUUUCUGAGGCAGAAAGGGAAAUUUACUAGAGCAGAAGCAGUGCAGUGUGCUAAAAUUGCAAGAGCAAGAGUGCAUGUAGAGAGGGUUAUUCAAAGAAUUAGGGAAUACUCUAUGCUUAAAAAUAAGCUUCAGUGGAGACUGACACCAUAUAUUGAUGAUGUUCUCAUGAUUGUGUGUGCCUUAGUGAAUCUUAGUCCCCCAGUUUUAGCUGAUGACAAAUUUCUGUAAUUGUCAAAAGAUAAAAAGGUAAAAUAAAUUUUUACAAUUUUUUUCUACUUUUA